AUGAGGAAAGUACUUGGUUGGUUAUUGUUAACAUUGUUAAUGAGAACAAUAGAUAAUCAAUUAAUUCGAUCACCAAAUAUUUACAAAGAAGUCAUCAGAGAAGUCUGUGAUUAUUAUCAAUGUUUUUCAAUUACACUUUUUCACAGUAGUCCUUCUUGGACUCAAGAUAUUGAUGUGAUGACCAAGCUGAAGAACCUGGUGAUGUAUUUUGAGAGCAAAUUACUGAUUCAGACAACUGUCACUGAUAUUUCAAGCUAUGCAAUUCAGUUCAGCAGCAUGAGAUUCAAUUUGAUGACGAAGUCACUCUUUAUCCUCUUGAAUGACUCUGAUGACAUGAAAGUCCAGUUUGCUAGGAUGCUAAUACCAUUGAUGGACAUAUCGAAACCCAUGUGGAUGAUUUUUAUGCAAGACAAGACAUCGAUUGAAGAUUUUUUUGAAGAUGUCUACAUACCUUUCAACUGCAAAUUUAUGAUAUCGAAGAAGAGUCUUGACAUCGAAGAUAGUGAGGUAAUUACUGAAAUUUACAGAGUUUACUUUGGUAAACAACUGAAGCAAGAUUUCUUUGCUACUUGGAAUACUCUUACUGGCAUGGAUCCACCAUCCCUACCUUUCUUUAUGCGGAGAAAGAAUCUUGAUAGCCAGUUACUACGUGUCAGCUCUAUAAAUAGACCUCCUGGAUCAAUCGUCAUUGAGAAUAAAGAAGAGAAUACAACUGAAUUAGGUGGAUCCUGUGGAGAAAUAUUACUUGAUUUUCAAAACUUCCUCAACUUUCGAGUUUCUUUCAAGCAAUCAAUUAGAGGAGGAUAUUGUUAUUCCAAUGGUACAUGUACUGACUCUGUUGAGUUAAUGAGAACCAAUCAAUCAGAUAUAUUAGCACUGGACUUGGUAGUAAUAACUUCAAGAAUUGAUAAACUACAGUAUCUUGCUCCACUACUUAAUAUAUACAUCAGCAUAUCAAAAAAUGUGCAGUGGCAAAAAUAUUUGACACCAUUUAGCAAGGGAAUUUGGUUCAUCAUUGCUAUCAUGAUUAUACUUAUUGGUAGCUUUAUAACAUUAAUAAAAUUUCUAAGUAAAGUGAAGCUUAUUGACAAACUCGAUUUAGAUCAUGAUGAUGAUGAAAUAUCAUUCAUAGAUUCUUAUCUCAUCGUCAUUGCUGCACUUAGUGGUCAAGCAAUGAAACAAUCACAAAUUAAUUCACUUCGGUUCAUUGCACUCACUACUCAUGUAACAUCCAUUGUAUUAUUGGCAUCAUACUCAGCGGUACUGAUAAGUCUUUUAACAGUCAAUCAUGCUGAAGCACCAUUAAAGUCUAUUAAAGAUUUUCUAGAAGAUGGAUCUUACAGUGUUGGAGUCAUGUUGGCUUCCACUGAAUAUGCUAUUCUUGAGGGUAUUGAAAACAGUUUGAUAAAACAAUUAUUGAAGAAAAUUAAUCAAAUUAAAUCCACACUACCAUCAACUAGACGUGAAGGACUUCAACGUGUAUGCGAUGAUAAUAAAUUUGCAUUUGUGACCAAUACAAAUGCUUACUCGAAAUUUGAUCCAGAGAAUUGUUAUAUUGUACCAUUGGAUAAUAUUGUUGAUUUAUCUGCAGCCUUUGCAGUACAAAAAAACAGUCCAUAUAUUGAUCUUUUUAAUUAUUAG